CCUCAGUGUUUUUUUGGAGCAUAUACCCACAUGGGUGAUUGAAAGAUGAACUGAGGUCCACACUCCAGUCUGUAGUGGUAAUGCACCUUAAAGUUGGUUGCCAACCACCAUAUAAAGUUCAAAGAAGAAGAAGCCUGAAGGAGGAGAGAUUACUAGAAAUCCACACUUUUAUCUGUGGAUUAAUUGUUGGAGGACCUUGUGCCUUUCAGCCAUGGACAUCAUAGAUCCCAUCUUGGGCAUAGCGGAGAAGCUCUACUCUCUAUGUGGUGAAGUGAAAGCCAACAAGAAGCGAUGUCAGCGUUUGGGUAUGCGCGUAAAAGCCUUGGAAGAGCUGGUGAGGGCGGUAAAGAUGAAGGGGCUGGGGGAAUACCCUGCCCAUGUGGAGAACGGCCUGAGUGAGCUCAAAUUCACCUUAGAAUCUGCCCAGGAUGUGGUUAAGAAAUAUGCCAGUGCCAGCUACCUGAAGCGCAUCCUGAAGACCUACGACCAGGGAGAUGAUUUCGAAAGUUUGAAUGAGCGCUUGAACGAUGCAGCUCAGGUGCUCUCGCUUGCCCUGCAGGUGGACCAGAGACAGAAACUACAGCAGGUGUUUCAAGAGGCAACACGAUGGAGAGAGGAUGAGGAAGACAGAGAGAUUGAUUGUCUGGAGCUGCAAAAAUUGCUACAGUCUCUGGCGGAGGGCAACAAGGAAAGAUUGGACACAAUGCAUGAGAAAAUGGACUCCACCAAAAAGGAUGUGCAAGACAUCAAAGCAAUGUUGGAAACCUUACAGAAGCCCAGCAUUUUAAUACAAGACAUCAGAGAGAUCAAGCCAGAGGAGCUGACCUACGACAUGCCCAAAGAGCCCAUAUUAAAAAAUGACAACUCAGUUUUGUACAAAGGAGAGUAUAACAAAUUCACAGUAGCCAUCAAAAGAUACACCUACCCAAGGAGCACAAGCCCAAGUCAGCUGAGAAGCAUCUUCAAAAAGGAGGUGGAGACUAUGAAGCGCUUUGAGUCGCCAAACAUCCUGCGAAUGUUUGGGAUCUGUGUCCAGCAAGAGGGCGGUCCCAAUCCAAACUACCUUAUUGUGAUGGAGUUUUGUGAGAAGGGCAGUCUAAGAGAGGUGCUGGAUUCCCAAAGUAAGCUGCCCUGGGACAGAAGGGCCCGCAUGAGUCUGGAUGCAGCACAAGGCCUUUACAGAUUACACCAGUCUGAGAAGAAGUUUCAAGUGCACGGAUGCAUCAACAGCAGAAAGUUCCUAGUAGAUACCGGGUACAGAGUGAAGCUAGGAGGUUUGGAGCUGGUGAAAACAGAGACUUCGUUGAAGAAGUCUAAGGACCGGAAGAGCUGCUCCUUAUGCUACAGCUCCCCGGAGCAGCUUGAGAAUAUCAACAACCCUUACAACAAAGCCUGUGAGAUGUACAGUUUUGGCAUUGUCCUGUGGGAGAUUGCAAGCCGCGAGAUUCCCUUCAGAGACUGCUUACCAGAAGAGGUGUUAAAGAGGGUGACUAAAGACAAAUAUACUGAACCUCUUCCUGAAGACUCCCCAAAACAGUUGGGAGAGCUGAUCAACGCCUGUCGCUCCUAUGACAGCUUCCACAGGCCAACGGCAGGAGUGUUGGUGGACAAGCUCCGCAAAGUGGUGGAGCAGUUAGAGGAGGACUAACAGAGUUUCCUCUCCAGAGUUCUCAAACUAGGCUGGAGAAGAGGAUAAAACAAGAACAGUUCCAGUUUCAGCUCCAGUUUAAAGACAUCAACUGACCGCCCCAAAUUCAUCAUGGGAUGAACAACACCACACCAACAGACGGUUGAUCAAGUGCCUGUGAUGUCAUUUAAGCCUAGUACAUUUUUACAUCAUUCGUCAGGAAUAACUUUGAUUGAAACUGUAAAAUGAUUUGCAAUUGAUUUGACAAACUAUUAAAGCAACACCAUCAAAGGUUUUCUACUAUAGUUCAAAGCUUUGAAAAUAAAAUAUUUAAUAAUGAAGCGA